AUUAUAUAUUCUCUAUAAAUAUGUAAACAAAAAUAUUUUGGUUAAGUCACUUAUAUUACCUGUACAAGGUAAUCAACGAUAUCAUAAUUCUAAGAACAAUAUCCAUUUUAUCUGUCAUAUCGAAUCGAUUCUCUACAAACUGCAGCCAUUAAAUUAUAAUUAUCGAAUUUUCUGUAAGGCGUAGCGCUAUAAAUAACCGCGUAACAAUGAAUAAUGCCACUGUGAUUAUCCUACAGAGUAGAUUAUAACUGUUUUUCAUUUUUCUACAUCCUGUUAGUAAGUCAAUCGUUUCGAGACCCUCUUUCGAAAAUUACAUCGCUUUUAUUAAAAUCCACAUGCAUCGAAACUGUCCGCAGCUUCUUUCAUUUUUUUUUUUAAGAGCCUGACACCGGUGGUCUACGUGCUCGAAAUACAGGCUACAAGACGAUGGCGAAAGGCCACGAUUGAUGGUACAAAGAAUUCGAAUCGCUUGGCACUGGCGUUCAAGGCACAUACUUUCUCGGGAUAAAGAAUCAAACUUGCCUGCCUUUUCGAUACAUAAAUAAUGUCCGUCGGCCACGGUCAAUUUAUCGAUUCUCGGAAUCAUUCAUCAUUACUCGUAUUUAUUGAUUCAUACAUGGCCAGGAAUUUAUUCUUAAACGCGUUUGAGAUAUCGGUAGUUGCAUUCUCAUCUGAUAUCUUCGAGAUAACUUUUUAAUUGGGAUAAUUAACGUGCGGAUCGCUUUAAUUACUAUAGCCUGCAAUUAAGCAAGAAAGUAUAUUGUAAUUCAAGGGUUUCAAAAAUGAGAUGUUGUGAUACAUGAUCUCAGAUCAAAACGUCUUUUGAAGCGAUCAAUUUUCGAUUCAAGUACUUUGAAAUUUAUUUGUAGACAAAACGAAUUUAACAAAGUACACGAUAUCUUUUAAAGGACUUCAAGAUCUUUGAAACGACUUUACUUCCAGAACAACAGACAUAUCACUUAAAUAUCGAUUAAGUGAUGCCUUACGCAAUGGAAUUCACUUUUGUUUAAUAACAUCUCUCAUCAUUUUAGAAUAGCUGAAGUUACAUGAGACGCUUUGCAUAAUAAGAAAAUUCGUAUGAAGUCUAAUCUGUGAUGCGAUGAUUAAUACCUGUCCUCAAGUGUACGUUGUUUGUUUGCUCGGUUUUCAUUGCUAUAAAUUACAAUAAUUCUUCAGUAACUACUUUUGUAAUCUCUGUUCUUAAUCCCUGUGUAAUUAAAACUUUAAUGACAUAGUAUCCAAGGAAAUAUUACAUUAUUGUCAAGAGUUAUUUUUAAUUUUAAAUUAAAAAUUUAAUGUGAUAAAUUUGCAUAUAGGUUUGCUUAAUAUUCCUGACACAAACAGAUUUUCUUCAUAAAUGACUUCGCUGGUCAUAGAAGUACAUAAUAACGAACGUUAUGAUGUCUCAGUAGAGUUAGAUAAUAAAAUUUAAUCGUACAGUGUACAUAAAGUCUCAAAUUUUACCUUGAAAAUUACUAAAUUAUCAAGCUACUUAGUUUAUGUUAAGGUGGCAAUAUAACGAGAGUAUCAUAAACAAUUUCACUCUAUGAAGAAUAAAGUUAGAUAAUAAAAAUUAAUAGUGCGGUGUGUGCAUAAAGUCUCAAAUUUUAAUCUUGAAAAUUACUAAAUUACCUAGCUACUAAGUUCAUGCGAAAGUGGCAAUAUAACAAGAGUCCUGAACAAUCCGACUCUAUGAAUAAUAAAGUGAGAUAAUAAAAUUUAAAAGUACAGUGUGUACAUAAACUUUAACUCAAACUUUAACCUUGAAAAUUACUAAAUUACCGAGUUCAGUCCAUGCAAAUAUGGCAAUAUAACAAGAGUCAUAAACAAUCCACUCUACGAAUUACAUAACUACCAAAACAACCAGCAGUCACUCUGAAAACAAUAAUUAAUUUGCUCAAUUUGAAGAAGACACUCCACCAAUUACAGAAGCUCAAAACACUCAUCGUCUUUCGCAAAUUCAACGUGUACAAACGUAGUCAUGUAAAGUGCAUAAUUAUCAUCUGUUUUGUUCCUUUUUCAAUUGAAAAGAACAAGACUUCGCUUUCAACGCGAUAGACGCGAGGAUCGUCUUUCGUGACUCGAACUCGCGGCUCUCCUCGCGUCGGUCAGGAAAGAAAUGCAAAAAUGCAAAAAUGACGUACGUGCUCAUUAUCGGGAUCAUUGUGGCGCGGAAAUAAGCCUUGGAAAUUGAUAAAACAAACGAUUUAACACGCCGUUGCGCACACUCCACGAACGAUAAUCGGCCGGCCAGCAGCCUCACCGUUGAUAAGCGAUAAUUCAGGAACAUGUUACGCAUAUAAUGUGUAUGUGGAACAAGUUAGAUGACAGUGAGUAAUGAGGCGGGAGCGUGUUAAUUACAAUGAUGCCGGACUUUCGAUUGGUGGUCCAACAGGAAAUGACACCCGCAGCGCCUGAGAAGCCUGAAUGGCACGAACACACAGAGGAUUCCUCGAUGUCUGGACUCGUUGGAUCUCUACGCGGCUUGGAGGACAAUACUGGGAACAUAACGCAGCCUUAUCGCAGAAACAGCCUUGCCUUAUCGCUGCAUUCGAAUUUAGCUGCCUUUCCGGUUGCUAACAAUCAAGAAGUCUCGCCUUUCCACGUGGUCGACUCCGCGCGGAGGAGAUUCAGCAAUGUCAGCGAUGUUGUUACCAGGAAAAUAUCUCAUACGAUACGGUGGAGGACUGUUUCAGCUUCUGUUGAGCUCACGGUUUCUCAGGGAUCUUCAUUAUGCGCCCAAUACAUUCGAAAUCGUUUAAAACGAUCUGGGAUCUUUCACCGGAAGCUUGGACUAAAGAGAAUGAGAAGCGUCAUGCUGCUUCCCGGGGGAGCGAUUGUAGGAGAAGUUUAUCCAGAAUUAAUAUCGAUAGGAGCUGAGCUUGAAAAAAUGCAUCCGAACUUAUUCAACCGUGUAGCACGACAAAUUGGAUGUGGUAAUUUCUCCUCUGAACAAUCAGCCAGUGAGGCCAUCGUCGACGUCUCCAGGGAAAUGAUCAGGAAUGGAGAGAUGACCUGGAGCAAAGUAAUAGCCCUUUACGCGAUUGCUGGUGGCAUUGCAGUGGAUUGUGUGCGUCAGGGAAAACCUGAAUUCCUACCUGCCAUACAAAGAGUUGGUACGUUUCUUAAUUCCAGGCAUGACGGAUGUUCUGGAGGAGGAUCUCGCUGUGUGGAUACAGGCCAAUGGAGGAUGGUCCGCUUUAGCAACACGAUACAGGCCUCCCACGAAAGAGACGCCGUGGUACUCGUGGAAACUUGUACUGUUAUUUAUGAUUACUAUCUUAAUAAUCGCCACGAUCUCGAUAUUUUUAAAACUAUUAGUUUUGUAAUAUGUAGUAAAUAUAAUUAUAUAAAAACUUUUCAAACAUCUUUGAAUUUAAUUAACCUUUUUAUAGCGAAACUGUUUGUAAUGUUGCUUAUUUUAUAUUAACAAUUAAUAGACUUUUCAAAUGA